AUGAGUCCAGACGAUCAGGAAAAACCGUGUCGUCGCUCUGAGACGCUAUCAGAAAUCCCGGUUGACAGAGAAUCUGGAAGAGAGGCUAUCGUAACUCUCUUGCAGGCUGCAUUCUGUAAGGGACCGCGGGAGGUCAGCGCAGGACUCCACAGAGCCGUGUCAGACACAAGAGGAGGCGAGCUAUUACAAGCGGAGGCAGGUAAUCCGGCCGAAAUCGGAUCGCUUCUACCUGCCUUCAAGGAUGGUCUGGGGAGGACAGCGCUGCAUUACGCUUGCUUGGGGAAGCGUCCCGUUAACGCAGAAUGGAUUUUGAAGGCGUGUCCCACCAUAGUCGAUUACAAGGACAGUACCGGUGAAACUGCUCUGAUGAUGGCGUGUCGGGCAGGAGAUGUCGUCAUGGUCAAUUUGUUGCUGAACUUCGGCGCGGAUGUGAACAAGAGAAGCCAAACCGGGGUCACCGCUCUCCAUUUAGCAGCUGAGAGCGGCGAUGAGGCGUGCGUGAGAGCGUUGGUGGAUGCGGGUGCAGUCAACUGCUUUGCGGAGGCAUCUGGCAGCCCGUUGCAGUACGCAGUAAUGAGUAACCACUACGGGGUGACAGAGGUGCUGUUACAAAAGGGGGCCGAUCCUGAUUACCCAUUCAACGUGCAGGGGUCGCAUCUAUCGGUAUUCCCACCGCCUCUGUUGUUCGCGUGUAACGCGCGUCAGGAUAGCAUCGCAGAGUUGUUACUAAAUAACAACGCAGAUCCGAAUCUGCAAGACGAACACAAUUGGACAGCGCUCCAGUGUGCCGCAGAGAAUGGAGCCUACAGGGCGGUGGUGGCCUUGCUCAAGGCGGGGGCGGACCCUGACGUGGUGACGCAGGGAUUAACAGCAUUCGAUCUAGCCAUGCAGCACCAGAACUGGGCGAUUGCAGAUAUUCUAAAAGACAAAACGGCCCUUUUAAUCGGCAAAGACCAAAUUUUCACUGCGCUGCACGAGGCUCGCCGGAAGCGUUAUGAGAUGGAGGCUUUCGCAACAGAAGAACAUAGGGAAGCGGAUGACGAGAUUGUAGAUACUGAGGCUCACCAGCAGCAAGUGGAUGACGCGAUGAAGGCGAAGGCAGAUGGGGAUGCCUUCAACGAAUCAGGGGAUUACGCUCUGGCCAUCGACAAGUAUACGCAGGCUCUUGAGCAGAUGCCGGUUGACAAGACGACGAAGGAAGCACGGGCGAUGCUAUACGCGUCGCGGAGCAUGAUGUAUAUAAGCUUGGGGGAUCUUGAGUCAGCGGAAACUGACGCUCAUAAAGCUACAGAACUAGACCCUCUGUGGAGCAAAGGGUACGCGGUGAAAGCCCGUGUGUACAAGGCGAAGAAUCAGACUGAGGAGUACACGAAGCACCUGUAUGAGGCAUGUACACGACAGAAGACUAGGGAUGAUGAGCUCAUAUCGGAACUUAAGAAAGCCAUAACAGUGUCUAGGCGGAACCAGACAAAACAGCAGCAGGCUCCGCCUACCGUCGUCGAGAUCAAUGGGUGA